GAUGUGGUAACUGGACUUAGUCCUCUGCUCUUCAGGAAGCUCAGUAAUCCUGACAUAUUUUCAUCCACUGGAAAAGCAAAACUCCAGCGACAACUUAGUCAGGAUGACUGUAAAUUACGAAGAGGAAGCCUGGCCAGUUCUCUAUCAGGUAAGCAGCUGCUCCCUUUGUCUAGCAGUGUACAUAGCAGUGUGGGACAGGUGACUUGGCAGUCUUCAGGAGAAGCAUCAAACCUUGUUCGAAUGAGAAACCAGUCCUUUGGACAGUCUGCGCCUUCUCUUACUGCUGGCUUGAAGGAGUUGAGCCUUCCAAGAAGAGGCAGUUUAAUCUCUACUCUUUGCCGAGGAGCUGAUGUAAACCAGCACAUGUUCUCACCCUCAUCGGCUCCAGCCUUCCUCCUCGCUAAAGUCCCAUUUAGCGCUGAUUGUAUUCUGGCUACUUCUCCUCUUGCUUUUUUCCUGACCCCACAAGCCCACAGCAGUCCUGGCAGUCCUUGUUCCAGCCGCCCACUGCAGUGGAGUUGUCGGACAAGUAAUCGCAAGAGCUUGAUUGUAACCUCUAGCACAUCACCUACACUACCACGGCCACACUCGCCACUCCAUGGCCACACAGGCAACAGUCCUUUGGACAGCCCCCGGAAUUUCUCUCCAAAUGCACCUGCUCACUUUUCCUUUGUUCCUGCUCGUAGCCAUGGCCACAGAGCAGACAGGACUGAUGGACGGCGUUGGUCUUUGGCCUCUUUACCUUCUUCAGGCUAUGGAACCAACACACCUAGCUCUACUGUCUCAUCAUCCUGUUCUUCACAAGAAAAGCUGCAUCAGUUGCCUUUCCAGCCUACAGCUGAUGAGCUGCACUUUUUGACAAAGCAUUUCAGCACUGAAAGUGUGCCAGAUGAGGAGGGACGCCAGUCCCCAGCCAUGCGGCCCCGUUCCCGCAGCCUCAGUCCUGGACGGUCUCCAGUUUCCUUUGACAGUGAAAUAAUAAUGAUGAAUCAUGUGUACAAAGAAAGAUUCCCCAAGGCCACUGCACAAAUGGAAGAGCGACUAGCAGAGUUCAUUUCCUCCAACACUCCAGACAGUGUGUUGCCCCUGGCAGAUGGGGCCCUGAGCUUUAUUCAUCACCAGGUGAUUGAGCUGGCCCGAGACUGCCUGGAUAAAUCUCGGAGUGGCCUAAUUACAUCACACUACUUCUACGAACUUCAGGAGAAUUUAGAGAAACUUCUGCAAGAUGCUCAUGAGCGCUCAGAGAGCUCUGAGGUGACUUUUGUAAUUCAGCCGGUGAAAAAACUGAUGAUUAUCAUUGCCCGCCCAGCUCGACUCCUAGAGUGCCUGGAGUUUGACCCAGAAGAGUUCUAUCACCUGUUAGAAGCAGCUGAGGGCCACGCCAAAGAGGGACAUGGAAUUAAAUGCGACAUCCCCCGCUACAUUGUUAGCCAACUGGGCCUUACGCGGGAUCCCCUUGAGGAAAUGGCCCAUUUGAGCAGCUAUGACAGUCCUGAUACUCCAGAAACAGAUGAUUCAGUCGAGGGCCGUGGGGCAUGUUUGCCAUCUAAAAAGACUCCCUCUGAAGAGGACUUUGAAACCAUUAAGCUCAUCAGCAAUGGCGCUUAUGGGGCUGUAUUCCUGGUACGGCACAAGUCCACCCGGCAGCGCUUUGCCAUGAAGAAGAUCAACAAGCAGAACCUGAUCCUGCGGAACCAGAUCCAGCAGGCCUUUGUGGAGCGUGACAUACUGACUUUUGCCGAGAACCCUUUUGUGGUCAGCAUGUUCUGCUCCUUCGAGACCAAGCGCCAUUUGUGCAUGGUGAUGGAGUAUGUUGAAGGAGGAGACUGUGCCACCCUGUUGAAGAACAUCGGCGCUUUGCCUGUGGAUAUGGUGCGUCUGUACUUUGCAGAAACUGUGCUGGCCCUGGAGUAUUUACACAACUAUGGCAUUGUGCACCGGGACCUCAAGCCUGACAACCUCCUGAUUACAUCCAUGGGACACAUCAAACUCACCGACUUUGGACUUUCUAAAAUUGGCCUUAUGAGUCUGACAACCAAUUUGUAUGAAGGCCACAUUGAAAAGGAUGCCCGCGAGUUCCUUGAUAAGCAGGUAUGCGGGACGCCGGAGUACAUAGCGCCAGAAGUGAUCUUGCGUCAGGGCUAUGGAAAGCCAGUAGACUGGUGGGCCAUGGGCAUAAUCCUGUAUGAGUUCCUGGUGGGUUGCGUCCCUUUCUUUGGAGACACUCCGGAGGAGCUCUUUGGGCAAGUAAUCAGUGAUGAAAUUGUGUGGCCUGAGGGUGACGAUGCACUGCCUCCAGAUGCCCAAGACCUCACCUCCAAACUGCUUCAUCAAAACCCUCUGGAGAGACUGGGCACAGGUGGUGCUUAUGAGGUAAAGCAGCACCCAUUCUUCACGGGUCUGGACUGGACUGGACUUCUUCGCCAGAAGGCUGAAUUUAUUCCUCAACUGGAGUCAGAAGAUGACACCAGCUACUUUGACACCCGCUCGGAGCGAUACCACCAUGUGGAUUCAGAAGACGAGGAGGAAGUGAGUGAGGAUGGCUGCCUUGAGAUUCGCCAGUUCUCCUCCUGCUCUCCAAGGUUUAGCAAGGUAUACAGUAGCAUGGAACGGCUGUCCUUGCUUGAGGAACGCCGGACACCACCCCCUACCAAGCGCAGCCUGAGUGAGGAGAAGGAGGACCGCUCAGAUGGCCUGGCAGGGUUCAAGAGCCGAGACCGGAGCUGGGUGAUUGGCUCUCCUGAGAUAUUACGGAAGCAGCUGUCAAUGUCUGAGUCGUCCCACACAGAGAGUGACUCCAGCCCUCCAAUGACAGUGCGACACCAUUGCUCAGGCCUCCUGGAUGUGCCUCACUUCUCCGAGGGCCCAGAGGCGGCUAGCAGCGCUCCUAGGAGGCAGCAGGAAGGGAUAUGGCUUCUGACACCCCCAUCUGGAGAGGGAGCACCUGGGCCUGUCCCUGAACAGCCAGUGGAACGACAGCUGAAGUUGGAUGAAGAGCUCAUUAGCCAGGGCGGCAGUUCCUGUCCAGCCAUAGAGACCCGCGGCCGUGGGACCGCACAGCUGGCUGAGGGAGCUACAGCCAAGGCCAUCAGUGACUUGGCUGUGCGUAGGGCUCGCCACCGGCUACUCUCUGGGGACUCUAUAGAGAAGCGCACCACUCGCCCUGUCAACAAAGUAAUCAAGUCUGCCUCAGCUACAGCCCUUUCACUCCUCAUUCCUGCAGAGCACCACACCUGUUCUCCACUGGUCAGCCCCAUGUCCCCGCACUCCCAGUCAUCCAACCCGUCAUCCAGGGACUCUUCUCCAAGUAGGGACUUCUUGCCAGCCCUUGGCAGCUUGAGGCCUCCCAUCGUCAUCCACCGAGCUGGCAAGAAGUAUGGUUUCACUCUGCGGGCCAUUCGUGUCUACAUGGGUGACUCAGAUGUCUACACUGUGCACCACAUGGUGUGGCAUGUGGAAGAUGGAGGUCCAGCCAGCGAAGCAGGGCUUCGUCAGGGUGACCUCAUCACCCACGUCAAUGGGGAGCCUGUGCACGGGCUGGUGCAUACAGAGGUGGUGGAGCUGAUCCUGAAGAGUGGAAACAAGGUAUCUAUUUCAACAACUCCCCUGGAGAACACCUCCAUUAAAGUGGGGCCGGCUCGGAAAGGCAGCUACAAGGCCAAGAUGGCCCGAAGGAGCAAGCGGAGCCGGGGCAAGGAUGGGCAAGAAAGAAAAAGAAGCUCCCUGUUCCGGAAGAUCACCAAGCAGGCCUCCCUGCUGCACACCAGCCGCAGCCUUUCUUCCCUGAACCGCUCCUUGUCGUCAGGGGAGAGUGGGCCAGGCUCUCCCACACACAGCCACAGCCUUUCUCCCCGGUCUCCCACUCAGGGCUACCGAGCGGCCCCUGAUGCCGUACACUCAGUGGGAGGAAAUUCAUCGCAGAGCAGCUCCCCCAGCUCCAGCGUGCCCAGUUCUCCAGCUGGCUCUGCGCACACACGGCCCAGCUCCCUCCAUGGUCUGGCUCCUAAGCUCCAACGCCAGUAUCGCUCUCCACGGCGCAAGUCAGCAGGCAGCAUCCCGCUGUCACCGCUGGCCCACACCCCUUCUCCUCCACCAGCAGCUUCCCCUCAGCGUUCCCCAUCGCCGCUGUCUGGCCAUGGAGCCCAGGCCUUUCCCACCAAACUUCACUUGUCACCUCCAUUGGGCAGGCAACUCUCCAGGCCCAAGAGUGCAGAGCCCCCUCGCUCACCGCUACUUAAGCGGGUACAGUCUGCUGAGAAACUGGCGGCUGCACUGGCUGCUUCUGAAAAGAAGCGUGCCCCUUCUCACAAGCAUGGGCUUGACCUGCCCCACUGUGAGCUAAAGAAGGAACUGCCACCCAGGGAAGCUGGCCCUCUAGAGGUAGUUGGAACCAGGGCUGUGCUGCCUGGGAAAGGUGCACUGCAAGGGAAGGGGGUGCUGCAGUCUGCUCCUUCAAGGGCCUUAGGCACGCUCCGGCAGGACCGAGCUGAAAGACGAGAGUCACUGCAAAAGCAAGAAGCUAUCCGUGAGGUAGAUUCCUCAGAGGAUGACACCGAUGAGGAGGCAGAGAGCAGCCAGGGUGUACAGGAGCCAAGCUUGGCACCCAAUCCAGAAGUGGGCCAGAAUCUACCCCCGAGAGGAGCAGGAGAGGAUGGGAAAGAGGAAACCAUCUUGCCCAAGGACCCAAGGAACCAGGGUUCAAUGGCCCCAGGCCUACUGACAGGGGUCAUUGUGGGGCCUUCCAGAACAGAAGGUCCUACUAUCCCCCAGAGGAGGCUCGGGAACACACAGGUCUUUGAAGAGGCUACUAGCUCCUCCUUACCACCCUCCAGCCUGGGGAGGUCUGGACCAACCGACCUCACCCCCACUGAAAGCUGCUUAAAGGCCCAGCACCUCCACACCCAGGCACUGACAGCAGCACUUUGUCCCAGCUCUUCAGGACACAUCCCCACCAGCUGUUCUGCUGCCAGCUGCACCCCUGGGAUGCCAGGCACAUGGUCCUGCAAGUUCCUUCCUGAGGGCCCAGGCAACCCAUCCCCAAGCAGAAAGACAGCAGCAGGUGGGCUAGCCAGUCCUCGGGAUUUGGAAACCACAGCUCUGGAUCAUCCUAAACGUCUGUCUUCUGGACAAGAGGGGAAGUCACAGCCACUCAGUUUCCCUGGGCUGGCCUGUCCACCUCAUGAGGUUCUCACCCAAAACCAGCUAUGCGAGUCAGAAUGUGCACAAGUGAAGAAAGACGAGCCAUCCCUGAGCAUCACCAAAGUGCCUGAUGCCUCAGGGGAUAGGAGGAAGAAUGUUCCACACAGAGGUUGCCCACUCACCCGGGAGAGUGAAUGCAGCCAGUUCGGGAGGGGUCAAGAACCAGGGAGCCAUCAAAAGCACCAGGACGUUGCAUUAACAUCCGAUGAGUUAUUAAAGCAAACAUAGCAGUGUUGCCAUUUCUUGCACUUAGACCUGUGUAAUACACACUCCUGAAAACCA